CCCCUACGCAAAACAUCGUCGGUAUCCGGAAAUUAACAAUCCCGUGAUGUUGAGGGGAGUGCUAGCACAUAGCAUGGGCAUGACUACUGUGUCUGUCUCGACUUGGACUUAAGACGCACUGAAAGGUCUCUGUUAGCUAACAGCUUAGCCGUCUACCGACAUGGGGUUACGGUGGAUGUAUCCUUCCGCGGGCGUGUUAUCGGGAUGAAGCCUGUCACCUCAGGACCUAACGGGAUGAUGCUGCUGCUGCUGCCGCUGCCGCUCGCUUCUUAGCCGCUCCGGAGCCCGAGGUCAGAUUCAUGUGCCACACCAGCUAGCUGCCUAGUUAAUACGUUUUCAUACGAGCUACAGCUUCGUUUAGACACAGUGAAUGAUGGCGCGGUUCGUGUUGAAGCAGCUGUCAGAUUUCAGGGACUAUAUCGGCAGCAAAGAGCUGAGUGACAUGGAGCUCUCUGACAGCCUGUCAAAUGUUCGUCUGAGCCCUGAUGGACGUCACAUUCAUGUCAUCCUCAGCAAGCCUAAGGUCGGUCUUGUGACUUUUGACAAGUAUGAAAGACCUCCGCUGGCUCAGAACCAGAAGAAGCUGGAUUUGUGGCUCACGAGAACUGUUCCCAUUGUGGAUAUUUUAUAUCUGGACGCUCAUAACAACAACAAUAAGAGCAGUAGCAGCAGAGGCACGGCGGUUGUGGCGGUGGUUUAUGAGAAUGGAAAAGCUGAGUUUUGGAAAUUCCAGGAGUGCAAAGCUGGCUGGCAUCUCCUGCAAACAUCAGACUUGUGUAACAGCCCCCGGGCCAGAGUUGUAUCUGUGUGCGUCUGCUCCAAUCUUAUCAUCUGGUGUGAGGAGCGUCCCCCCUCCGAAAGCUCCCAGGCCCUCAGCUCCACAAGGAAUAAGCUCAGAUACUGUGUUUGCAGGCGUGACUUUGAGGUGGAGGAGGGGGCCGUCAGCUUGGGAGGGGUGAAGAUCGCCCUACACAACAAUCCUAAGUUCACAGCCAUCAGCUCAGGUGAUCACGUGCACCUCCUCCCCGAUGUGAAAGAGGAGCCGCUGUUGAGCAUCUCCAAAUUUUUCCUCUCCUGGUCCCCUCGCCACGACUCCAUCACAGUCUGCACCACGUGCAGAAGCACGCCCCUGAAAAAGCUUUCUGCCAAAGAGUCCGACUUCAAGAAGCUGGUAACAGAUUGUUUAGGAUACAUAUCAGCUCUGGAGCCGCCUGAGAUCUACGACUUCUGUCCAGCCGCCUGCGGAGGGCUGCUGCUGCUGCUCAGCACGGGAUGGCUGUGUCUCCUGCAGAAAGACGGGACUCUGCGGCACGUGUACAAGCCGGCGGACAACUGUCUGGCAAAAUACGGCACUCACACCAGCCUGUGUAUGUACCAGGACACUCUGGCGCUGCUGAUCGGCCAAAACCUGCAUCUGAUAGACUUGAACUGCGGCGUAGAGCUGGAAAAGAUCGUGUUGAAGAGAGAGGGGUUGUUGUACGUGAACCGGGCUGAAAGCCGGACGCCUCACUUGAUCUCAGAAACUGGACUUUUUAUGGUGGUGAGUACAGAGACAGACUCCAGAGAAUCUAAGGCUAAAGUCUCUGGCUUCGGCACAGUGGAGAUCAUUCACCCUGGGGCCCUCCUGGUCGAGGCUGUGUUUGAAGAGGCCUGUAAAUACUACCAGCAGAGGAGCCUGAGCAGCACCCAGCUCACCGUGGACACACUGAAGGAAGGAGGCAGAUUCCAGGCUCCCAUCUCUUUAGCCACCAUCCUCAGGAACUACCUCAGCGCGGGGUUGAGGCAGAAGGGAGCGGAGCCGUCUCAGAAUGGAGGCGGUGGAUAUCCGGGAGGGCAGGACAAGCUGACGGGCUCUCUGGAGGCCGAGCUCAAGGCUCUGGUCUCCCUAGAAGAGCUGAAGGGGAGUCUGGUGAGGGCGAGUGUUAAAGAGGUGGAGGCAUUGUGCGAGAGUCUGGUUGAGAAGGAAGUAGUGAGGCUGCUGUCAUCUGCCGAGCUGGAUAAAGAGGGUCUGCUCUACCUCAACUCCAUCUUCAGCACGUUCCCCUGCCAGGCGUGGAGGGCAGCUCAGGUUGCUCUGCAGCUACACUACAACGGGGAGGCCUCUCUGUCCAGCAAGGCUCCUCCAGAUGUGUGGAAAACUGUCCUGAGCCCUGCCCCGGCUACCAUCCCCACCGCCUCUGUUCCAUUCACAAACGGCGGGACGAAAUACAACCACAGCCUUAAAGGUGACCACAUCGCCAACUGUAAAGCCAAACCUACAAACUCCCCCGGCCUGCCCGUGUUUGAGCUCCUCUGCCAGUCGGUUUUUCACUUCCAGCCCAGCUGGCUCCCCAGGUUCCUCGAGCUCGCCCAGCAGCAGCAGGGCUCGGCAGGCUUGGGCCUGAGCCUGGCGUCCUCCUCCUGGAGCUUUUCCAGCGGGCGAGGAGGGGAGGGCGGGGAGAACAACGUGCCUCUCUAUAAACGAGCGCUUGCCGUCCUGUCCGGCUCGAAGACGGACAGGGAGCUGCACCAGAACCUGGAGGUGGAGCUGCUGCUGGUCAGCGGGCGGCCCAACGCCAUCCUGCAGGCGCUGAGGAUCCUGAUUGGGAAGCAGCAGUGGGAGCAGGUCACCAAGCAGGCCUGCAAGUUCUGUAAGCUAAGCCCGCUGCUCAACAAGGAGAUUUUCACUACUCUGCUGUGCGAGGUCGCUCAGCACAGAGACCUGGACCCCUACCUGGACCUGUUGUGGACGCUGUGCCCCGAGGACUUCACCGUCACCACCAUCCUCAACUUGGUUCUAAAAAACCUCCCGUCUCCCAACACCCCCUGUCACUCUUCUUCUUUCUCUAUGUCCGGCGCGACGUCCUCGUCUCCUGCCCCUUUCCCCGACUCUCACAGCGCCCAGCUGACCAUCGGGCUGCUAAAGCCCCUGCUGAGGAAAGUGCUCCAAAGGGAGACCAAGCCCAGCCAGCACUACGUUGACAUCCUCCAGUCGCCGUCCUUCCCCCCUCCGACACUUCCUCGCCAGCCCGCAGAGCAGCCCGCCGCCGUCUCAGGUCCCGGCACGGACUCGGCUCCGUGCAACCGCGACGCCCCAGCUCUCUUUCCGGAGACACCUGGACAGCAGUCGCGCACGCACACGGCCAUUCAACAAGCCCGUGUUUCACUACCUGCCAACCCAGUCUGAGCGAACGCACCCAAAAUGGAGAACAGAAACCGUCUCCUAAAAACAUUCUCCACGUUUUCUGACCAGAGUCUGAAAACGACCAGACCAGAGAAACAGUGCGCGUGUCGACAAUCGUGCUAAAGCAGAAUAAUAUCAGAAUGUCAGUGUCCAUCGGUGUAGUGCAGUUAUUUGUUUGUUUUUAAACAUAUCGGUAAUGUCAGUUUAAGACAACAAGAAACUAUAAAAUGACUACUGAAUAUCCUACAAGUGUAAAUACUUUUAAAUCCUAAUGUGUAUAUACUUCACCUGCAAUGUUAUUUAUGUCUUAAGCCUUAAAUGUAGAUGAGAAUGUCCCUGCAUUGAAUAACCUGUGUUAAAAGACCAUCAAAUAUUAAUAAUAAUAUAUUGUAUUAACUCAGCUGAUCAGGCCUGAACUGCUAUUUCUAGGGGUUUGCCGUAUUGAUUUGCUGACAUGCUACUUUAAGCCAGAAAUAGCUUAGUUUCACUUGCAGGCGUGCUUGUAGUCUACUGAUUGUGUUUAGAAAAGCUGCCCUUUGUGUUUGCUUUAAGCGGGUUACGGUUUGGAAGAGGAAGGAGGAAAAAGGGGAGUUCCAGAUCCUUUCACUGACUUUUAGGGUUGCGUUUAACAGGUUCUGUUUUCUCAUUAACAUUAAUCCGUUUUCUCCUGGCUCCACCUUACCAGUCGGGCUUCAGAGUAAACCGAACCUGUAACGGCCGCCCCCGUCGCCCAUUUUUCUCCCUGGACUCCAUCUUGUCCGUCUCACAGGACAUUCCAGACAGAACACAGGGUAAAACUGACUCACAGUUCGACUUCAAAUUCAAUUUCAGAGCUAAUUCCUUGCAUAAGGCCACAUACGCCUUCUUCAUGCACCCAGUGAGGGUAAUGUCAUUAGAGACGAUCGGGCCUCUGUCUACUUGCCCCUACGUCACACCAGUCAGUAUUGUUUGAGCUGCACUUUUGAUGCGUCUGAUGAAUGUUUUCUGAUGAAACGCUGGAACAUAUAUAUAUAUAUAUAUAUAUAUAUAUAUAUAUAUAUAAUUGACGUGCCUAUUUAGCUUUGAUGCAUUUGUUAAUUCCUCUUUUUUGUAAAUAAACCCUACAUGGAGCCCAACGUGACAAACUAUUUAUUUUACUGCUGAUAAUCAUAGCGACAGGCCUUGCAAGGUCCUGAGGAAUUCAGUGACAAUCAGACUCCCAAAUGCUGCAUGGCAAGUCCGAGUGCCUUCCACUGUGCUGCUCCUCAUUUACAGGGUAGUGUCACAUUUCAGCCGCAGCUUCAGUCAUAUUCUGAAGAAAGACAUUGUCUAUUCUAUCUCAGAAUGACCUCUUCAAUCAGAAGUCGUUGUUGUUUUUUUCAUUUCAAUACGAAAGUGUUAUCUGUGUUUUAAUGUGGGAUGCGAAAUCUCUGUGCAGUCAAUAACACGAGAUAAAAAAUAUGCACAGCUGACUUCAGGUCAAGGUUUCACUGUUUACCAGACGUAAACGAAAAUUAAUCAUUAAUUUGCCUCCAGCUUCUUCCUGCUGCCAACAUAUAGGACCUCCUCCUGUGUUUGCCUGACAAAGUUUGCACACUUUGUUUUCUUCUGGUCACUUUUAAGCAGUGUUAAAUACAUAAAAAUGUAUUUAUGAACAGAUGCUGUACGCUAUUAAACUAAAGAUAAAACCUC